CGCCCGCGGCCCCACAGGGUCCCCCCGCCCCGCCUCCUGCCGUGAGCCGCGGGCCCGCGGCUGCGCCGGCCCGGCCGCCCGGAGACAAAGCAACGUCGCCGCCAACCAGCGGGUCCCGGGCCAUGGCCCGGCCGUGCCCCGGCCCCGCGCUGCCCGCCCCGCCGCCCUAGGCCGCGCCGCGAGGCACCCCGCUGGGCUCCCAGGCAGCUGUUCCAGAUGGACUUCUGAAGCCCCCGCCAGCUGGCCGGCCCUGAGUGUCCCCCUCUGGCCAGGAGGCUGAGAAAAUCUCUGGUUUCCAGGCAGCUACACUGCGGUGCCCUCCCAGCUGUUCGCCCGCCGGACGGAGGCCGCAGCCGCGGAGGCUGGUGUGGAGGCGGCCCAUCCUGCCGAUUCCGACCCAGGGAGGAGCACGUCGAGACGGAGCUGAGAGGCGCCUCCCCAGGGCACAGGGCGCCUUGCCCUGCCCGCUGCCCGUCUCCGGAGCCCCGCACCGCGCCUUGGCACCCGCCCUCCCGCUGCCAGCGAGACUGCCUGUAACCGGAGGGCCUGUCACCUGUUCCACGCCCCCCCCACCCCGGCAGCAUGAAGCUGAACGAGCGCAGCCUGGCCUCGUACGCCACGAGCGCGGCGCCGGCCGACGCGCAGGGCUUCCUGCUGCAGCGGGGCCGGCACGCCGCCUACCAGCGCCGCUGGUUCGUGCUCCGCGGGAACGUGCUCUUCUACUUCGAGGACGCGGCCAGCCGCGAGCCGCUGGGCGUCAUCGUGCUGGAGGGCUGCACGGUGGAGCUGGCCGAGGCGGCCGUGGACUUCGCCUUCGCCGUGCGCUGCCCCGGCGGCCGCGCGCGCGCCCACCAGCUGGCGGCCGAGAGCCAGGCGGGCCUGGAGCGCUGGGUCAAGGCGCUGUCCCGCGCCAGCGUCCAGUACCUGCGCCUGCUGCUGCGCGAGCUGGAGCGGCAGCUGGCGGCCGCGCAGGCCCACGCGCCCCUGCCCGCGCCGCGCCGCCCGCGGCCGCCCCCCGCCCGGCCCCGGGACAACGGACGCGCUGCCUGGGACGCCGCGCCCCCCGGGGACCCCCAGGCCCCGCCGCGGCCGCCCCCGCGCCGCCGCGCCCCCGAGCCCCUCGCGCCCCCCCACGGCGCCCCCUUCGCCCAGCUGCACGAGUGGUACGGCCGCGAGGUGGGCGCCCUGCGCGCCUGCUGGCAGGAGAGCCGCGCCCGGCCCUGAGGGGGUCCCCCCGGCUGUGAAAGGCUGGGGGCGCCCAGCCCGGGACCUGCCCGGUGACCCCCGUUUCAGGGGGCUGGUGCUUCAGGGCAUCCGAGGAGACGCGGGUGCAGCCCGGCCCGGCCUGGCAAGGUGAGCAGGUGUCCGCCAUCGAUCCGGCCCGGCCAGCCCAGGAAGGCCCGAGUGUCCUGGCGGCAGCAGUGACCUCUGGCCCUGGGCCACGUCCCGGGCUCUCCUCAGCUGCCCCAGGUCCCUCUCCCGCGCCCCGCGGCCGCCUGGUGCUCCAGACCUCAGGCUGGUGGUGGCCUGAGCUGACCUUCCAGCACAUUCUCCCAGGGAGAGGCAGCCUGGGAUGAGCAGAGGUGGGGAGACUUGUCUGUGCCCCCCCAGCCUCUCUGGGCUCAGCCCCCCGCAUCCCGGUACCCCUCUGGGCCCCAGACCUCGCACUCCUCCGCCCUCACCCAGCGAGGGUCUCGGGGGCCCGGGCUGCCCCGCCCUUCAGCUGGGUCAUGUUUACAGUCCUCACACGGCCCCUCUCAGGACUCCCCACCCCGACCUUUAUUCUCCAGAGGCCUCCUCUGGGCUCAGGCUCACCUGGCCCGGGCCCCCCAGCCUGGGGAGCCCCGGAAGCGAAUUGGGGGGCAGUCUGUGUGGGCAGCUGCCAGCUCACUGCGGGUUCAGUGACUGGCACUUUGGUUUUAAUUUAAUUUUGGAUUUUUUAGUACUUGGGGCGUUUCCUCUCUCCUCCGUGCCCCCAGCAUCAAAGCUGGGGUUUUCACGAGUGUUUCCUGUUGGCUGCAGGAGGGGCUGGGGUGGGGGUGGGGACAGGUGUACCCCCCCGCCCCUGCAACCCUGAGACCAGCAGGCACGCAUCACUCCUGUCUGAAGCCAAAGCCCUGGGGUCAGGCCUCUCGUCUAGGUCGGCGGGUAGGGGCUGCCCAGAGCCCAGGCCCUGGCCUGUGCCACCGGGGCUGCCUGCGGGAUGGGUCUGGCCCAGGUCCAAGUUUACAAGCUUCAUGGUACGACGUCCCCCACCCCCCGCCCCCCCACCUCCCUCGGGCUGCGGGGGAGGGGCGCCCAGAGUCUGGGCCGGGGUAAGAGCAGAAAUAAAAGUUGGUC